GGUAGCAAUUUGUUGGGUGGCUCCGGAAACCUUGUCUCUGGCAAUGAGGUUAUUGGAACUGGUGCUGCUCUCAACCCAGGCGUUGAAUCAUCCUUUUCGGAACCCAGUGUUGAAGAAGAUCUGGCUAGUCUUCCUGAUGAAGUGCAAGUUGAAGAAGAACAAGCCUUCCUGGCCCGGCUUCAUCUUCAACUGGCCAACUUGCCAUCCCUGAAUGCUUCUGCAGCGUCAGUGUCAGCGCCUACAUUGGCUGCUGUUGCUGCGGUAGCAACGUCACAGACUGAGUUAAUAAGGCCACUGGGGCUUGGCGGUGAAUUGGCGACCACCAGUGGAUCAAUCCUUUCUCCAUCUAUUGGGCCGGCACUCCUCAUUCAGGCAAGAUCUUUGCAAGCUUUGAAUUAUGAAAAAGGCAUUACAUAUAACUUAAAUAUUGGGCUUAAUUUCAUUUCUUUUUAA